UGAAUGCAUAGCCUUUUUGACAAAAGUUAAAAGAAGUACUUGAAUUAAAAGUGUGCAUUCAGGUUAACUGAUGCAGAUCAAGUGAUUAUAAUAAAAUAAUACACAUGCUUGAUGUACUUAGAAAAUCUCAAUAAGUGAGCAUCGUUUACCUUGUACACAUAUGAACAGUUGCCAUAGACUUAGAAAUACAAUAAUUCCAAGUAGGUAUUUAAGGACAAAGCAUGUUUAAGGCAUGGUUGCAUGAAGUUACAAAACAGACGUAAAAUGACUUAGCAAUUACAUAGAUACUUAUUCUCAGUCUUCCAUCAUGAAUGUGGAUGGUCUUAAUGUUGGGACGCUGGUAUGGCUGAUGACAGUAUUAGAUGUAGCGUUGACGCUACCAUCAACAGUUCGAAUAGCUGGGCUAUUUGAACCUAAGUACCAGGGACAAAAGAUGGCCUUCCAGCAAGCAGUGGACAGAAUAAACAAAAGAUAUGAUAUUCUGCCACACACAACACUAGUUCCUGAGGUCAGAGAAGUAGACGAGGAUGACAGUUUUCACGCUUCUAAAGAAUUUUGUCAUCUCAUGAAAGGAGGAAUAGCUGCCAUAUUUGGACCUAUGUCAUCUAUUUCCGCUGCGCAUGUGCAGUCAGUUUGUGAAGUGAUGGAAAUACCUCAUGUAGAAACAAGAUGGGACUUCAGAGAACAAUCCGAAUUUAGAUCAAUAAAUCUCUACCCUCAUUAUUCUGCAUUAAGUAAAGCAUAUAUUGACAUAAUAAAACAAUUAGGAUGGACCUCUUGCACUAUCCUAUAUGAAGGAAAUGACGGACUCAUCCGUCUGCAGGAGUUAUUACGCGCCCCCUCUGAAAGUCAACUUUCAAUCACAGUGCGCAAAAUAGACACUGCUUUCACAAGACCCGAUAGUAAACCAGAUUAUCGGCCUAUUUUAAAAGAGAUUAAAAAGAGGGCCGAGUCACGUAUAGUUAUAGAUUGUGAUUACACUAAAGUACAAGACAUUUUAAAACAGGCUCAGCAAAUAAAUAUGAUGACACAAUACUACCAUUAUCUUCUCACCACAUUAGAUUUGGAUCUGGUCGAUCUCAAUGACUUCCGCUAUGGUGGUACUAAUAUUACAGCAUUCCGCCUUGUUGACCCCUCUCGCCCGCAAGUACAAGCUGUGCUACCAGCAUGGAAGAGAAGAAACCUAAUACCCAGCAUGCAAAGCAUUCAGACUGAAACUGCCUUAAUGUACGAUGCCGUCCACCUCUUUGCGAAAGCUCUCCACUCCUUGUCUGCCGCGUCUGACGUCAGAACCAAAUCCCUCUCCUGUAGUAAGGCCCAGCCCUGGGCGCAUGGCAACAGUUUGCUCAAUUAUAUGAAAAUUACUGACAUCGAUGGUCUCUCUGGAAGUGUUGUGUAUGAUAACAAUGGCCAGAGGUCUAACUUCCAAUUGGACGUCACGGAGCUUGGAACAGGGGGACUAGAAAAGAUUGGCAGGUGGGACCCUAAAAAAGGUGUUAAUAUAACUAAAGAUUACAAUAAGGUCAAACAACAAGUGAAACACUCACUUAAGAACAAAACGUUGAUCGUCACAACUGUAUUGGAACCUCCGUAUGCAAUGGCGAAAGAAGAUCCGGAUGGUAUUUUACAGGGUAAUGAUAGAUUUGAGGGUUAUUGUAUAGACCUUUUAGAAAAUAUAGCCAAUCAUCUUAAGUUUAACUAUACCAUUAUACCUGUAGCUGAUGGGCAAUAUGGAGCCCAAAACAAAGAUGGCGAAUGGUCUGGUGUGGUCAGGGAACUUAUUGAUAGGAAAGCAGAUUUGGCAGUGGCUUCACUAACAAUCACUUACCUACGAGAACAAUUUAUAGACUUCACAAAACCAUACAUGAAUCUUGGCAUAAGUAUUCUUUACAAGAAACCAAUGAAGAAAAACCCAGAACUUUUCUCCUUUCUGGCACCCUUGUCUGUUGAAAUCUGGCUUUACAUGAUCGCAGCAUAUUUAGGUGUAAGUUUUAUGCUGUUCAUUCUGGCGAGGUUCAGUCCUUAUGAAUGGUACAAUCCUCAUCCAUGUAAUCCUGAAUCGGAUGUUGUAGAGAACCAAUUCACUCUACUUAACAGUCUUUGGUUUACAAUAGGAUCGCUUAUGCAGCAAGGUUCAGAUAUUGUCCCAAAUGCAACAUCCACCCGAGUGCUCUCAGCAGUGUGGUACUUCUUCACACUUAUUAUAAUCUCGUCAUAUACGGCAAAUCUCGCAGCCUUCCUCACGGUCGAGAAGAUGAAUUCACCAAUUGAAAACGCAGACGAUCUUUCAAAGCAAACUGCUAUCCCUUAUGGAACAAGUAUGGGAGGCUCCACUGAAAAUUUCUUUAAGACAUCUAAAAUCCAGACAUAUGAAAGAAUGUGGAAUUUCAUGGAAUCUGCCACGCCAUCUGUAUUCACGGCUACAGUGCCAGAGGGGAUUGAGAGAGUCAAGAAAGAGAAAUAUGCAUUUCUCGUAGAAUCCACGACAAACGAAUACACGACACAACGUAACUGUGAACUUAUGCAGGUUGGAGGAUUGCUGGACUCAAAGGGUUAUGGGAUUGGUACACCGAGGGAUUCACCAUACAGAGACCUAAUUUCAAAUGCAAUAUUGAAACUAGCAGAAGAGCAAAAAUUGCAAAUACUCUACAAUAGAUGGUGGAAAGAAAAGGGUGGUGGAGGAAAAUGCGACACUGAGGACAAUAAAAAGACGAACGCCAAUGAACUUGGUCCAAAGAAUGUAGGAGGUGUGUUCGUGGUUCUCGCUGGAGGAUUGGGACUUGCUAUUAUUGCCGCAUUGUUUGAGUUCAUUUGGAAGUCACGUAAAUAUGCAAAAGAGGAAAAGGCAUGGGGCUACAAACAGAAGUCGCUCUGUUCUGAGAUAACCAGUGAAUUGAGAUUAGCCGUCAAAUGUAACGGUGGGAGUUCACGGCCAAGUCGGAAACGCAGGAAGGAGAUUGAAGCUGAAGAGAUGAACAAUAUCGAGACAAACGGACUCACGAUGAUGCCGUUAACCGGCAACUACGCCCCAGCAGGCUAUCCAUUACCACCAUCUUCUAAAGACCAAUAUUCUUAGUAAAACAAAUAUGCAGAGGAUUUAUUUUUGAUAUGGUGAACACCAGCUCGAACACGCGCUAGCUUGCCUAGAAUGCCUAGCUUGGAGACUGAACAUUACUAUAUGGACAUUCAAACAAGUACGACAUGGUAAAGAAGACAUCAGCUACAUCGAUAUAUCGAAUGAAAUAGUGCCAAAUAAGAUGAUAUAUCAUUUACAAACGAAGCAAGGGGAGUUUGUGCAUAAUUAAAUGCUUGGGCUGAUUUAAGAUGCAAUUACUCUAUCAAGGAAACAUAUAUGAAUGAACUUUAUGCGUUUACACAAUGGAAAUUCAAAUUGUUAGGGCAAUGUUCCUUGCUUUUCAAUCUCAUCACCAGCACAAUCUAAUUCUGCAAUUCAGAGUGAAUUGCGCACGCGUGAUUUUCAAACGCCACAUGAAACAUUCACAUAAAGAAAACUGUUUCUAGGAGCAACUGAACUUAUGAAAUAUGAAAAGUGUCACUACCUACUACAUAAUCAAAACAUACUUAUCAAAGUGGAAGCAAAGAAUAGAUAGUGGAAAGAAUUUUACUUGUACAAAACAAUACAAUUCCUUCCAAUAAUUUUACAAUCUGAAAAAUAUAAAUGAUAACUGAUAAAAUAUGGAAUCGAAUUAAAAAUCGAAGGUUUAUCAUUAAAUAGCCUGUUAGGCUGUUAGUUCUGUUAGCAAUAUUGUAAUAUUGUGACAAUCUUUAAAGGAUGUUAAUAUCAGCUCAUCUAAAUUGCAGAUCUUUGUUAUCCCUUUUAUCAGCAAUGGAUCACCAACAAAUGUAGUACCAAGUCUCUUACAGAAUUGUACAGUAUUGUAAUGUCUUCCGUUUUUGUACAAACAAUACUCUAUAUAACAUCCAACUAAGUGCCUUGCAGUAUUCCGUUUUCAGGUUUUGUGUCAUACAGCUUGUAAUGAUGUGUUAUUUAACUACAUUGAAACAUUGCUUAAAGGGAGUCAGCGCUUAUUUCUGUUGAAAAAAUCGACUAAAAAAUCGCAGAUAGUUAGUGGAUUGAUUACUUUUUAUUAUAACCUUUUAUAAAUUAUAAAUUCACAUGUCACGUAUUCCUCGCUAUAUCUAGCUAGUCUAGCGAUUUUCAACCCUUUGAGGGGAAAAAGCUUUGUUUAAAAUAUGUUGACGGUGAAAUGGCAGGUUGUUGAGAAUUUUAAAAGUUUGGUUUCAGAGACAAGGCUCUUAUGGCAGUGGUAGUCUUCAAAAUUUCAAAUUUCAACUUCUGUCCAAAUUGAAAAUACCAAAAACGUCGUAAAAUGUGGUUUGUAAUAUAGGGCUACUACCACUGCAACCAGGGGAUGGAAAAGUAGGUGUGGUUUUAUUUUGUCGUCUGUGGACGUUAUUUCUAUUUCAUCACCUGGCAAUACGCUCAUCAUGUUCCCAUAUAUCGAGUUCAAUCGUUACACCCAAAAAUGUAGAAUCUUUGUUCAAUAUCAAAAUAUUUCUUAGGUUAUUCCUAAAUUGUGGAAAAACAGAUGAAUUCCCGUCAAUUUAAAACUACUGAUGUUUUUGGAAUGUGAUGACCCUGUUGGCAGGUCAAGAAGCACUACAAAACGUUCACAGACUACCAAAUAAAACGACAAUAACCAGCUUUUUCAUACUCUAUGCGUUUCUUCCCGUAGCCACCGAAGUUUGGUUGUUUAGAUUUAGACCAAUAGUGUAAAACUAUACUUGAAAAAUUGAAGCUAAAAAUGCUCUUUCUGUUCGGUCUAACUAAAUUCAAACUCCACCGGGAUUACAGAUAUUUCAUAUCUGAUCAUAUUUGUACAUAAGUUACAUUGAAAGGGAUGUUGAAAGAGAUCCACAGUUUCAACUACCCCUUGGAAUAAAGAGAUCUCAAGAUUUAGAUACAUGUAAAGAGAGACUCGGUAAAUCAGAAUGUAUUUUGAUAUGAACUCGAGGUUGAUGUAUAAAAUAUAUCAUAGAUUCUUGAUUUCAAACGCUUGUGAGAUGAGUCCCACUCCUAUGUUUUAUAAAUUGUUUAGUAAAUGUAUUUAGACAUUGUAUGUACA